AUGCUCGGAGGUAUAUUGUUCGCUUUCUAUCAGGGAUCCAACCUUGAUAGCAAUGCAAAAAUGUGGCGUCUAGUUGCAGACUUUAUGAAUGACCUUGGAAUGUUGAUGGAUCUUUUAAGCCCUUUGUUUCCUUCAUCAUUGAUAGUUAUAAUGUGCUUAGGCAGUCUAUCUCGGUCAUUCACCGGUGUUGCCAGUGGAGCAACUAGGGCGGCAUUAACACAACAUUUUGCACUUGCAAAUAAUGCCGCUGAUAUAUCUGCAAAGGAAGGCAGCCAGGAGACACUUGCAACAAUGUCUGGAAUGGGACUGGGUAUGCUGUUGGCACAUGUUACCAGGGGGCAUGAUUUGGUUGUAUGGGUUUCGUUCCUUUCUCUCACAGUAUUCCAUAUGUACGUUCUUACACCACAACAGGUUUCCAAGCAAGAGCAUAUUCUUCCGUUCUGGUCUAGCUGGCGGAAAUUACUUAGAGUUAAACUUCCACAUGAGCUUGUACACUUAGGUGCUAAAGCCUCAAUGCUUACGCACUCCGACAUGUUGCUGAUUGCAAAAACAAGAUCCUACUAUACAAAUGCCAACUAUUUUUUGCUGGACAAGGACGGCAGUGUUUGUAUUUUCAUCCACAAGCAGGCAGUGGCAACUGAUGUCUUGAAGUCCUUCAUACAUGGACUCGUCUUAGCACGUUUCAUGCAGAAGAGCAAAUCUUGUCAUACAGAGGCUCACCAAUGGAUGGAUGAGAAAUACAACACCUUCAUCUCAAAGCUGAAAGUGGAAGGCUACUCAACGGAACGACUUCUGUCGCAUUCGAUUGUUUGGAAGGCACACUGGGUUUAUGGUCCCUUGGGUGAGAAGACCAAGUAG